AUGGCCGGCGGGGGCUCCUUCUGGCCGCGGCUGCUGCUGGUGCUGCUGGCGGGGGCGGCGUGCCUGGUGCAGCGCGCCCAGCUGAGGAAGCUGCUCCGCUGCCCGGCCACUUGCAGCUGCACCAAGGAGUCCGUCAUCUGCGUGGGCUCGGCCAGCGUGCCGCGGAGCCUCGCCGGAGACAUCGGCUCCUUGAGCCUGGUCAAUGGAACUUUUCCCGAAAUAAAAGACAGAAUGUUUUCUCACCUGCCUUCCUUACAGUUGCUGUAAUUCUGGUGGGGUUUUUUUUUGUUUGUUUGUUUUUCUCUCUUAACCUCUUCUUUUUUUAUGCCUCUUUAUCCCUUUUUGCACAGAUUUAUUGAAGGGAAUAAAAUUGAAACCAUUUCGAGGAACGCUUUUCGUGGUCUUCGAGACUUGACUCAUCUCUCUCUCGCCAAUAACCAGAUUAAAGCUUUGCCAAGGGACAUCUUCAGCGAUUUGGAUUCUCUGAUCGAACUAGACUUGAGGGGAAACAGGUUUGAGUGUGACUGCAAAGCCAAGUGGCUGUUUUUGUGGUUAAAGAUGACAAACUCCACCGUUUCCGAAGUCCUGUGUGUUGGUCCGGCAGAAUUUCAAGACAAGAAAUUAAACGACGCCUUGAGCUUUGACGAUGAAUGCACUACUACAGAUUUUGUUGUCCAUCAGAUUUUGCCCUAUCAAUCAGUGUCGAUUGACACAUUCAACUCUAACAACGAUGUCUAUGUUGCCAUCGCACAACCCAAUAUGGAAAACUGCAUGGUGCUAGAAUGGGACCACAUCGAGAAGAACUUCAGGAGUUACGACAACAUCACCGGUCAGUCCAUCGUAGGUUGCAAGGCCAUCUUGAUCGACGAUCAAGUUUUUGUGGUGGUGGCCCAGCUCUUUGGCGGAUCCCACAUUUAUAAGUACGAGGAAAGCUGGACCAAGUUUGUCAAGUUCCAGGAUAUCGAAGUUUCCCGCAUCUCCAAGCCGAACGACAUCGAACUCUUUCAGAUAGAGAGCGAAACCUUCUUCAUCAUUGCCGACAGUUCGAAGGCCGGACUGACCACCGUUUAUAAGUGGAACAACAAAGGGUUCUACUCCUACCAGUCUCUCCACGAGUGGUUCCGGGACACGGAUGCCGAGUUUGUGGACAUAGAUGGGAAAUCUCAUUUGAUCCUGUCCAGUCGCUCGCAGAUCCCUAUUAUCCUCCAGUGGAACAAGAAUUCCAGAAAGUUCCUCCCGCAUGGCGAGAUAGCCAACAUGGAAGACGUGUUGGCUGUGAAAAGUUUCCGAAUACAGGACAGCCUGUAUAUUACGCUCACCAGAUUUAUUGGCGACUCGCGAGUGAUGAAAUGGAACAGCAAACAGUUUGUGGAGAUCCAGGCUCUCCCUUCCCGCGGGGCCAUGAUCCUGCAGCCUUUCUCCUUUAAGGGCCACCAUUACCUUGCUCUGGGAAGUGACUACACCUUCUCCCAGAUAUUCCAGUGGGACGCCGAGAAAAGCCUCUUCCAAAUAUUUAAGGAGAUCUACGUGCAGGCGCCUCGCUCCUUCACCGCCGUGUCAACGGACAGGCGAGAUUUUUUCUUCGCUUCCAGCUUUAAAGGCCACACGCAAAUAUUUGAACACAUCCUCGUGGACUUGAGUUUAUGA